AUGCCAUCAACACCUAAACCCCACCGCCGCCUGAAAGAGUUCCCCCGCCUCGCCCCGAGCGGCGUCCGCGUCAUCGUCGUGGGCGCCGGCUUCGGCGGCCUGGCGGCGGCCAUCGAGUGCGACCGCAAGGGCCACCAGGUGACGCUGUUUGAGAAGGCGGCCGACAUCGCCGACGUCCAGCGGGCCGGCGACAUCAUAUCCUUUGACCCAAACGGCUCCGUCGCCUUUGAGCGCUGGCCGGGCGUCGUCCCGGAGCUCAGGAAGAUCAUGCGCGACACCGACUACCUGGACCUGUUCGACUGGGAGGGCAAGUUCGUCACCAGGCAGAGCUUCAAGCGGGAGAACGAGUGGGGGCUGAGGAUCAACGGGCACCGGGGCGUCAUCCACUCCAUCAUCUACAACCAUGCCGUCGAGAGGGGGAUCGACAUUAGAUUGGGCUCGAGGGUGACGGAUUAUUUUGAGGACGACGAGGUCGGCGGCAUUGUCGUGAAUGGGAAGGACAAGUUCACCGCAGAUGUUGUCAUCUCUUCCGAGGGCGUCAGGUCCAGGGGAAGAAAGAUCGUUCUGGGGUUUGAGGAUAACCCCCAGUCGUCUGGAUAUGCCGUUUAUCGAGCCUGGUUCCCCGCUGAUCGGAUUGCCAACAACGCGACAAUUAGGCACCUCUGUGUCAACGGUGACACGCACCUCGGCUAUAUCGGCAAGGACAUCCACUUCCUCGCCUCGUCCAUCGCGUCCGGCACCGAGGUGAACUGGGUCUUCACGCACAUCGACGACGGCAACAUCGAGGAGUCGUGGCAGUUCCCCGGCAAGGUGUCCGAGGCGCUCUCCUACCUCGAGGGGUGGUGCCCCUUCGUGCGGGAGCUGGUUGAGGCCACACCCGACGGCGUCGGCUGCCUCAUCGACCACAAGCUCGUGUACCGGGACCCGCUUCCCACUUUCAUAUCGCCCAAGGCCCGCAUUGCCCUCAUCGGCGACGCGGCGCAUCCAUUUCUCCCCACCAGUAUCCAGGGCGCCAGCCAGAGCAUCGAGGACGGGACGACCAUGGCUGUGUGUCUGGACAUUGCCGGCAGGGAUAACGUGACCGAGGCCGUGAGGGCGUACGAGAAGAUCAGGUACGAGAGGGUGCACAAGGCGCAGGCUACGGGCGUCAGCACGAGGGAGAGGUGGCACAAGGCGAACUGGGACGAUAUAUGGAAGAAUCCCGAGAGUUUGCACCUGGUUAGGGAGGAGUGGCUGCUCAAAUUUAAUGCCGAGGACCAUGCGUACGAGGUAUAUCACGAAGUCGCAGAGAAGCUUAGGGCUGAGAGAGAGAAAGACAUGAGCACUAAUGGGGUCGACGUUGCGGUUGUAGCAGCGGCCGAGGGUGGUGUGAAUCUGAAGGAUGAAAAAGCGGUAUAA